GGUGUAGAGUGGAUAAUUUUGAUAAAAAUGUAAUUACCAUCAUGUCACAACCAUAUUAUUUAGAUAUAUUCUGCAAAUUUAUGGCUGAAGCCAAAAGGCAGAAUAAUAACUUUGGAAAUGAUGGAUUUAAAAUGCUAUUGUCAUUUGAUGAUGCCCCCUUUAGACGAAUGACAAGUGCUUUAGCCCACAUAAUCUAUGAGCCAAGUGAUAAAUUAGUAUACAGACAUCCCCAUUCUAAGAGGAUUGUUCAAUUUGCCUUUGGAGAUUCAACAUUUUACCGUGAUGAUUACUCAUAUAAUACAUCCUUACCUUGGGUAACACCCAUUCAAAAACUCGCUUCCGCUCUCGACGAUUUGCGUAUCCAUUCAUCGCCCCAAAACGCCAUUUUACCGCACGAUAUUGUUUCCGGUUACGCUAAAUUAGAUUCUAGUCAAAAAACGUGCAUAGAAAAGGUUUUGAAAAAUAUGGACCCUUCGUACUCUAUCGACUCGCCAACAAAAAAUGAUUCACUCGUCAAAUCAAAUUGUGACCUUCCAAAACUGCCAAUCAUGAUAAUCCAUGGUGGACCUGGCACCGGCAAGACUACAGUCUUAAUUCAGAUUAUUCUGAGGGCCGUGCUCCAAUUAAAUAAGAAGGUAUUGAUAUGUUCUUCUUCUAACGUGGCCGUCGACAAUAUAGGCGAAAGGUUAUUGCGGUCAUUCCAAAACUACUCCAGGACAAAUGAAAAAGGAUCAUUCAUUAGCCCUCCCACAAUACUAAGAUUAGGGAGCUCCCCUAAAAUCAUGAAUUUUGAAAGUUUAACUUGGAAAGAAAGGCCCGAAGAUGACCCCAUCGUGGAACGAGACGCGACAACGAAGAUGGGCGACGAAAAGAUGAACAAGAAGAGUGGCGAGAAGAGAUCUAGCGAUAAAAUUAAGACUACCAAAGCUAACAAAAAACCGAUAUGCUAUACCUUAGAUCAACAUUUAUCUUGUCCGGCAUCUUCGAGCAACACGAAUCCUCAUUCCUUCGAAUUGCUGAGGGAUUUGAAAGAUCGGCUCUCUACAACGUUGAAAACUUCAAUUGAUCGCCUACAACAAAACAGCAAACUUCCAACAUCGACACCUCGUAAACGUCAGUUAUAUACCGCGAGAAAUCAUCUACAUAAGAAUAAAACACCCCCCAUUAAACUAAAUUCUCAUACAAAUGGUACCAACUUCUAUAAGAAUUUGAACUCCACAAAUACCGCGGGUACCAACAGCAACGCGUCGAGAGUAAACGGCGUAUUGAGCCAUCACAGUCAUCAAACCGAAUCGGAAAUCAAACGUCUUUUGAGUCAAGCGGAAUGGUCAACUAUCACCUCCGCCGAUAUCGUUCUAUCCACGCUCGUGAACUUCGGAAAGUACGCCUUCAAAAAUGAGAAAUGGGAUUCCUUAGAGGAAGGGAGAUUCGACAUGCUCAUCAUUGACGAGUGUUCUCAGUCUAUGGAAGCCGCUUCCUGGAUCCCGAUGUUGCACGCUCCAUUUUGUCUGAUCGCUGGCGAUCAUAUGCAACUACCUCCCACAGUACUUUCAAAAGAUCCAGUUACUAAAAAGUUCCUACAAAUAUCUCUCAUGGAAAGACUUAUUGGGAUGUACGCAAAGGACGAGCCAAUUCAUCGUUAUUCCUUCAAUCUUUAUGCGAAAAAGAAGUUUUUGCCUAUUAACUCCUCCACUUCCUCCACUUCUUCCUUAAACUCUUCAUCUAACUAUCUCGAGAAUUGGGAAGAAGGUGCUAGAAAACAUGUGGAAAACCAUUUCGUCACCCGUUUAAACAGGCAGUACAGGAUGAACGAACGUAUCGCCAAGUUUAUCUCCAACCGUUUUUACGAUAAUCUCAUCGCUACCCCUCCCCAUGUAGCUAGGCGUGUUCUAGGCGAUAUUAUUUCCAACACGCAAUACGGUCCAUUAGCCUUGAUUGAUACUUCCGGUUUCGAGCACAAUCUACCUCCCGGAAAUAACGCUCAACUUCCCGUUUUUCCGCCGCGUAUUCCUAACCUAAUGAAUAUAAAUCCUUCGAGUAAUGCUCAUAUUCGGCCCCCUUUCAUCGAUAAUAACAAUAUUAUGAACACCACUAAUUUUUUCAACUAUAAUAAUCCGAACUUUUUUAAUGCGGGAUUAAAUCCGGCGCGACGGAUGUUACUAUCAGGAAAACCGCCUCCUUUUAAACCCCAGCCCGUGCUUUACAACACACGCCACACGCUACUCUCUCAAAAUAAUCAUUACAAUACUUUUCCUCCUUACAACAAUCCCUUUAAUCGUAUUCCCUGUGCCCAAGGGAACCUGCCUUUAUUGAAACUCUGUAGUAAUCGAGCUGAUAGUUUGAGUAGUUCGAGCAGUUAUAAUAGUGGUUCAUCUUCCUCGUCCACAGGAGAGGUGAGCGGAAAGAGUUCUAAAGCUAACCUCGUGGAGGUCGAAUGCGUUUAUCUUCACGUGACGCGCCUGAUGAAUAGCGGGCUCAGUCAAAGCGAUAUUGGCAUCAUAUCACCUUAUCGUUUGCAGAUUGAGAUGCUUAACAGAAAAUUAUCGCACAAAUAUCCGGAUAUCGAAAUCAAAAGUGUAGACGGAUAUCAAGGGAAGGAAAAGGAAGUCAUCAUCUUGAGCAUGGUCAGGUCUAAUCCUUCAGGCGACAUCGGAUUCCUCCAGGAUAGUCGUAGAAUGAACGUCGCUUUAACGCGAGCCAAAAGACAUCUUUGCAUCGUUUGCGAUUUUUCGCACUAUUUUUUACGAAAACCGAAAAACAUCCCGCGCAGAAAAGAUUCGAGUUCUCGCCAAGAUGGCUACGAUUUUUUAUCGGCCUUUUUGAGUUACGCCUUAAUCAACGGCCAAAUGAUACAUAAUAGCAAUGGGGGUAUCCUGAAAAGCGUUCCGCCUAAGUAUCUCGAAUUGGCCGCCAAAUAUAAGAUGAUUAAAACGAACACGAAAACGGCAAAUUAUGUCGAUAUACCAUGCAAGGCCGACAAAAUGGAUAACAACGCAUCAACAUCCAAUAAGAUGAUCGCCAACGCCAAAUUAUCUACCCCGGUCAAAUCGAAGACGCCUAAAAAAUUGAAAAAUCAAACUAUAACCAAAAAAUCGGCCAAUGGCAUCGCCGAAAAUUUGCUGAAUACUCAUAUAUCUACCGAAAAAGCUGAUAAUCGCGUUAAUAACGAUAACCCCGCUAAAAUAACUAAAACAUUUACCCCCGUGCAAUCGAAAACGCCUACGGUAUUGAAAAAUCAAACUAUGACCAAAAAAUCGGUCAAUGCUCAAAAUUUUCCCAAUACUGACGACGACACCACACCUAGUGGGAAGGCUAAUGAUCUUGGCAAAAAUGACAACAAGGCCAGAAGUGUCAAAUCAUUCACCCCGUUGCAAUCGAAGACACCUAAAAAAUCCAAAAAUCAAACUAUGACCAAAAAUUCGGUCAAUGCUCAAAGUUUUCCGAAUACUGAUGACACCACGCCUACUGGGAAGGCUAAUAAACUUGGCAAAAAUGACAACAAAGCCAGAAGUGUCAAAUCAUUCACCCUAUCGCGAUCGAAGACACCUAAAAAAAUCAAAAAUCAAACUAUAAACAAAAAAUUAUUCGGCAACAUUCUUCACAAUGUUUCAAAUACUGCUGACAUAUCUACCGAAAAGGCUAAUAACCCUGGAAAUAGUGAUAACGCGGCCAAUAACACCGAAUUAUCUACCCCAGUCCAGCCUAAGACACCGUCAAUAUUAACAAAUCAAACUAUAAUCGAAAAAUCAAUCAAUAGUGUUCAAAUUUUUCCCGAUACCGACAACGCGCCUACCGAAAACCCUAAUAAUCUUGUCAAUCAUGAUGUCAUUCCCAAAAACCGAGCUAAAACUAGAAGCAAUCCAAUUGACCUACCCAACAUAACUAAAGAAGCAGGGGCGGUCACUAGAGGGAAAACCAACAAUAUAAAGUCAUUUAUUGUAGAUUUGCAUAGGCGAGUUAUUGAUUUCUCCGAAACGCCUUUUCCCGGCCAAAAUUCUACUGAGACGACCACAAGCGUAUCUAUGUUACCAAUAGAGUUUAUCCACGUUGUCAAAUCUUUAGAAAAUACCCAUUUGAUUGGUUUCUGUAAAAAGACUGAAAGAUCUUUGAUUCAGGGAAUCGUUGAAUUUGAGUAUUCUUUGCCUAAUAAAACAGAUGAUCGUGGAACGCGUUUAGCUUCUAACGUCGAAUUCGAUGAGAAUGAUGAUGAAGCGAAUAUUUGCCAUGAAAAUGAGGGAAGUCGCGAUGUUGUUGAGAAGCUUGAUGAUUCUAAACUUCUGACCUCAUCUCUCCACCGGAUCAAGUACACCUUUUCUCCCUUCGUGCUAAAGUCAGAAUCUUUAAAACUUUACGCUCGUUCCUCAGCGAACAAAUUAGAACGGUGCCUGCCUGGCAUGACUGCCGCAGCGCCCUUCGUUAAAAACGAUGACGAUUUGAUUUUGUCCCAUGCGGAUCUAACCCUCGUUUUUGAAGUUGGACCUCUUGACGUUAUGGCGGAAGAAAAUACUCUUUUAGUCAAUAAAUUUGCUCAAUUAUCUCUCGCUAAUGAACCCGCCAACAACCUUCUACCCACCGCAGAAGGUGUUAACGGUAAUGACACGAAAAUGGAAGAAACGAGAACGCCCAAAUCUAAAAUUAAAAAAAAGAAAGAAAUAAAAUCUAAAAAGUUGUUAAAAUCUUUGCCACUCCCGAACACCGACGUUGUAAAUACUUUUCCGGCAUAUGAUCUACCUCACGCCGACAAGAUUAAGCCUAAAAAGAAGGAAAGUAAGAUGGAACAGUCUCCGCUUGCGGUAUCUCUAAGCAACCAGGAAUCCCUGCUGUUGGAGUCGGCGAUUCAGGCUACGGGUAUGUGCUAUCAGAUUGGGUGUAAGGCUCCCGUAUCUCUUUUCGGAUUUCCUUGCCAAUUUUCAUGCGUCGCUUAUAAAUUCUGCCCUCGUCAUUUCCUUCCCGAAAGCCACGAGUGCGUUAAUUUGCGCGGCAAAGGGGCGAAACCUAUCAAUCGUCGCGUUUUUGAUGACGGUGAACCUAAAAACACUGGACGCAAAAGUGAGAAGGAAAAAUCGAAAAUGGAUGCUCUCAAAAACCAGUUUACCAUGAAAUUAAGAAAACGUUUAUAAGAAUAUUCCCUCAAAUGGCUUUCCUUUUUUUUUGGAAAGAUUUUUUAAUUUUAUUUUUGUAAUCAUUCUUUUUUUUAAAGCGUUUGUUUUCGAGAUUAUUUUGCAUUUCCAUAUCACCCGUUUUUUGUUAGUAAAUAAAAUUAAAAAUUAAUAUAAUAAAGAAAUAUAGUUUAUAUCUGUUUAUCGAAUUAUAUAAAAAUCUUUUUUUAAAUUCCUAUUAUUAUGUUUA